AUGGAUCCUGUUCAGUUUGCCAAAUCUGCAAGAUUCGCCACCGAGAUGAUGGCGACUUGUAAGGAACAUCUGGUGGCGAUUAGGCUGAAUCCUCAGAUCGCCAAGGAGAGUCGGAAAAUCUGUGCCGUCGUGCGACUGUGCUACGCUUAUGCUGAAGAUUCAGCAAUGAAAGGUGAGCCCUUCAAUCAAGCUAUCUUCAACUGCAUAUUGAGACUAGUACGUGGUAUGGAGACAACCAUGCCGGGUGCAGUCGAAAGAGGAAACGCGGAAGGACCGGGGCAGAUGAAUCGAGCGGUAUAUCGAGAAGAAGGAGCAAGAGCUGCGCAAUGCACCGAUGAAGCCGAUUUGACGAUCGUACAACGCGACUCCGAAGCUGAAAACGAAUCGCCCAAUAGAGCGCUGAUGAACUUGCGGAUGGCUGAGUGA